AUGGCUACGUUGAACGUCAAUCGCAAUGUCACCGAUGCCUUUUACCGCUACAAGAUGCCGAGGAUCAUGGCUAAGGUGGAAGGUAAAGGAAAUGGCAUCAGAACUGUCAUCAUCAACAUGGUUGAAGUCGCACGAUCUCUUGGUCGCCCUCCAACUUAUACGACCAAGUAUUUUGGAUGUGAACUGGGAGCCCUGACAAAAGUCGACCUGAAGAACGAUCGGUACAUCGUCAAUGGGGCUCAUGAGGCGAAUAGGCUCCAAACUCUGCUCGACGGAUUCAUCAAAGAAUACGUCCUCUGCCGCGCAUGCGACAAUCCUGAAACAGUCCUUCGAGUUUCCCAGAAGAAAGGCACGAUUACGAAAACUUGCAAGGCCUGCGGUAACUUGAGUCACGUUGACCUGACCCUGAAACUCACUGCAUUCAUCUUCAAAAAUCCGCCUGGUUUCUCGCUUUGGGAAAUUUUUUUUUUCUCAUGUGCCGUUGACCUUUUACAGAAGAUUGAAUCAAACGAAGAUGAUGAUGAAGAUUGGUCAGUGGACGUGAGCCCAGAAGCCGUGAAGCGUCGCAUGGAAGAUCUCAGCAAUGGUGUGAAGAACUUGGCUGUUACCGACGACAUUGAGAAAACCGAGAAAGAACGCAUUGAUAUCCUCUACGAUUACGUUAAAUCGAAGAAGGAAUCCGGGAAACUAACCAUCGCUGGAGCUGAUAAGGACGUCUUGAACGAAGCUGAACGUCUGGACGUGAGAGAUAAAGGACCGUUGAUCCUUGCAGAAUUGUUGUUCGAUUCGUCCAUUUUACAACAGGUGAAACUCCACCGACUGCUGUUUCUUCGCUUUUGCCACGAAAAUCCAAAGGCUCAGAAGUACUUGCUUGGUGGCAUUGAGCAAGUAAUCUCGAUCAAUAAAGACGCGCUGUUGCCAAAGGUUAGCCACAUCCUGAAAGCUUUCUACGACAUGGACAUUCUGGAAGAGGAAGUUUUAUUGGACUGGGGCAAAAGAAUCUCGAAAAAGUACGUGAGUAGGGAGAUGAGUGAAGCCAUCCACAGCAAGGCGGAGCCUUUCAUCACCUGGCUGCGUGACGCGGAAGAGAGUUCUUCUGAUGAAGAUAGCGAUGAUGAAGACGGUCUCGAGGUGAAGAAUUUUCGAAUGAAGAUUUAUGCCUUUGAUUAA